AUGGCAAAGCUGCGAGGCUCACGGCUCGAGGCCGAGCUGGACAAGUGUCGUGGAGAAUGUAACUGGGCUCGGUUGGCGGAUUUAUUGCCAUUGGUGCGAACGAAGAACUCAGGCGUCGAGAAAUUGACCGGUUUGGUGGAAGGCGAACUGUCGUUGGAGAACUUUUUGGAUCGACAGAAACAAACGAAUGGUAAGGAUUUGGUUUACAGUUUUUCUUGGUUUAGGUGAAGGUGAAUUGAAGAGGGAGGAAGUGCUUUAGCUGGAAUAAGAUGUGUAGCAUUUUUUAAUAUUUAAAUUCUUUGGUUGCUGGCAAUAGUUUUAAAAAAUUUGAGAAAAACGUUGUUUUAGUUGAAUUAACAUGGAUGAAUUUGAUUUUCUUGGUUUUUAUUUUGAAGAUUACGUGACUUAUUGAGCUAAUAUUGUUUUACAUAGCUGAAAUAAGGUCUAGCUCAUUUUUUCUAUUAAGAAUAGUGUAGUUAUUUUGGAAUAUUUUACAAAGUUACUUCCAAAGUGUUGUUUUAUUUUUCGAAUGUUUUUGGUUAUUUGAUUAUUAAGAGCUUUUGGAAGUGGAACAUUAAAGCAGAGUUAUUGAAAUAUAUUGUUUUAGAAAGCUAUGUUUUAGGUUUUUAAAAUAUUUUAUGUGCCUUUAAAAAUUAAAUGCGUUUAGGUUAUGUCAAGCCAAAACCCCAUAUUGGAGACUUUCUACGAACCACAGAAGGACUAUUGAAGACGGCUAUAGCUUCAAAUCGAGAGAAACCAACUGUAAGCUUUUACUUUUUUGUAUUUUAUGAGUUUAGAGUUGAAGGACAACAUUUUGAAGGUUUGUUUGAGUAAUAAUAAAUGAUAGCAAAAGAGGAUGUUAUAGAGAUUUUUAGGUCACAUAAGCUUUAUUUUUUACGUAGAAUGAGGUUUUUAAGUUUUAUUUUUCUAUUUGAGGUUGUUUUUAAAGAUACAAUUACUUUAGGUAAUAAUGGAAUGUUACUUGUUAUUGUCGAAAGUGCAUUAUUUCUCAGCGUCUUUUCAAAAGGCUUUAGAGGACUUGGAGAAAUCUCAACUUGACAUGGCAAAAACUCAAUUCGUAACCUUGAGGUCAUUGAAAUUGGCAGCAGAAGGCUACGCGAUCAAAGGAUUUGCUACCGAAAGAUUGAUGAAUUCGACAGAAAAGUCGCACGAAGUCUCCAGGAAACGUCUGAUGAGUUAUUUCGAGUCCGCGGUCGAACUGACAAUAUCUUACAUAACGGAGUUCGAAAAGUCUGUAGGUCAAAAUGGCAGAGCUUUGGCUUUGGCCAACUCGAGAAGUGGCUCAAGUCAGCUUGGUGAUCUACUGGAGGCCGCGAUGGAACGAGCACCAUUCUUAUUGUUAAGAAGAUCAGUUUUGGAAAGGAAGUCGGAUGAAGAAGGUAUUGAAUUGUACAGGAAGAUUAUGACAGAACUGAGUGACAAAAGUGUUGUGGCCGAAACACAACAAAGGUUAUGUAGACAGCUGGCUGAAAUCUUGUUGAGAGGGUCGAUGGAAAGCUCUUUGAGCAUGAGGAAUGGAAGCAAGGCGAUUAGUGAGAAGAGUAAUUUGCUAAAGUAAGGUUUAUUUUUGAAAGAAACAUUUUGGUUAUACCUUUUUAUUCACAACUUUUUUUUAAAUAGAAGUUAGAAAUUGAUUUUACGUGAUUGUAGCUCAUUUAUUUGUAAUUGUAUUCACUAAAAACGGUCUUAAACUUUACGCUCUUUUAAGAGUAACAGUACUUUUACCUUACCUCCAUAUUUUCAAAACUUUUUUAAAUUUUUUUGCUAAAUUUAGUUUUCCUUUCAGUUUCUACAAAGGCUCAACCAAGAACUACUACUCUCCAAACAGUCGUAUCGAAGAAAUCAUCCUCCUUUUACUGAUAAGCGAAAUGAUAGCCAGUCGCGCGGUGAAAGCCGUAACAUACGAUGGAGAAGGUGUACAACAAUAUCGACUGUUCCACAACCUAAAACAGGUCCACAACUUGUUGUCGGUGGUUUUGUCACACAUACGACAACAUUCUUUAUUGUCGGCAUUGCUGGACAAUGCUGUGCAGUACGCCGGAUCUGAUAGGUAAGGGUUGAGAAUUAAGUUUGGGUGGGUCAAAUUAUUUUUUUAGGAUGUUAAACAUUUGAGAGUGGUGGUUUAUAAUUACUAUCAAAAAAACUUCAUUUUAGGUACAUUUGGCGUCAGUUUGGUCUAGCUCUCAGUUGUACUGGUCGAAUCCCAAGGGCAAUUAAAAUCCUGGAACAUGCGACAAACCUAAGUUCGGAUGACUCAUCAACCGAGAACAAAGUGGUCGAGUUGAUGCAAAUAGCCAAAAUGGAAAUCGAACAGAACGGAGAAGCGGAUACCGUAAUGAAAGUGGCAAAAGAAGCCUUGAGCUUGUGCACGACCGACUCCCUGGCUGGCAGGUGUAAAUUGUUGUAUGCGUUGGGGUAUAGGUAAGUUUUAUAUGUAAUAUAAUACGACAAAUGAGGUUUUUAUGAAGCGAGUGAUAAUUUAGGCAGUGCGCAACGAAAUUUUAGGCAGUUUGGGGGUGGUGUGAUUGGUUAGGGAUGAGAAAUUUUCCGUGUAGGCUCAGCCUUACGAUCGGGCCGGGCUGACCUUGAGCUAAAGUGGAAACAGGCUGGGUCUAAAAAUUUGGCCCCGUUUGCGGGCUGGGCUUGAAAGUAGACCCGGGUCUAAAUAACAUUUUUAUUAAUUUUUUUCGAUUUGUUUUGGUAUUUUAAUCGGUAAAUCAUCUAAAGAUCAAUGCAAAGCCAAAGCCCCGUCUUACGAUCGGGCUGGGCCAGACUAGAGCUAAAUUUUAAACGUGCUAGAAUUUAAAAGCUCAAAAAUUUUUUAAAAACUUUUUUAAUUUUGAGGAUUACAUUCUAUAAAUGAUCUAAAAAACAAUGCAAAUUCAAUUUUUUGUCUUUUAUGAUUUAAAGUUUUAAGAAAUUUUAAAAUGAGCAGGGCUUAAAAUUUUUUUGAUCGGGCCGGGCCUAAUCGUUGGACCGGCCUGAGAAAAAAAAGAAAGACGGUGCGGAUCUAAAAGUUAGGUUCUGGGUCUGGGCCCGACCUCAAAAAUGGGCCCGGCCUGUUUUUCACUCCUAAUUUUGCUUUGGCUUCUUGAAGGAGGGGUGAAUUAUAUUUUAUUUUUAUUAGGUUUUAAUUGGUUCAAAAAUGAUAAAGAUUAAAUUUUUUUUGUGAAAGAAAGUUUUACAUGAUCUUUUUUAAAACUGACUAAAAUUUCACUUUUUUCUUGCAAAUGGCAAAGACUUUGUUUACCUUCAGAAUAUUCCUUAUUUCAGCCUAAAAGGUCAUACAGCCGUUGUCAAAAAAUAGUAAACUUUUUUAUUUUUGCCAUAACUUUUUUCUUAAUUGUCCGAUUAGUAUGAAACAAAGUUUCUUUUGAUAGUUGUUAUACAUACUAUCAUAACCAAAUGACGGAUUUUAUAAAAUAUGUCAUCGUGACUCAUUAUAUAGAAUCAAAAAUUAAGAGUGGACAAAAAAUAGUAAACUUUUCUGAAUCCUAUCCCGAACUUUAUUAAAAAGGUAAGAUUUAAGUUCUUCUUGCUAUUACAUAUUGUUUUAGUUACGAAUGAAUGGAAAACAACAAAAAUCGUUAAGUUUAGAAGUCAAUAAGGUGAUCUUUCAACGCAUAGAAUAAGGCGACCUCAUGUGCAACAUCACAGAAGAUUGUUCGAUAAACAAAGCUAAAGUUUCUUUAAUUUGGAAGGGUUAUAAGAAAAAUGGCAUCUAAAAACCGUUUUAAACAACAAAAGACCAAGAAAAUCGACCAAAUAUCAAGAUAAUUUGAUUCCAAAGUUGUUUCUAAAAGACCCGAUGGCGGAUGCACCUAAAAUAAACGCUGAAAUGGUGCAGUUCUACGAAUUUAAAGUUCCUGCUCAAAUUGUAGCAUGAAUUCUAAUCAAAGGCAAGCUCAAUGUUCGUGGUCCGGCAAAACAACCGUUGAGCAGGAAGAAGAACCGGACGAUCCUAUUGAAAUGGGUAGGUGAACAUAAGAGGUGGACUGAGAAGGUGCGGGAUAAAGUGUUGUGGACCGACAAAAGCAAGUUUGGUUUGUUUGGAUAUCAACGUGGAGCGUAUGUAAGACAAAAGAAGGCACAAGAUUUGCCCUAGAGCACCAGGUACCAACCAUGAAACAUCAAGGGGGCAGUAUCGUGGUGUGGCGGUGCUUUACUUCGUCUCAAGUUAGUCCGGUAGUCUUUACUGAUGGUUGGAUGGAUAGUAGAACUUACACUGACAGUAUUGAGAAGCAUAUGCUUCCGUUUGCUAAGAUAAAAGUUCCAUAAAUGCGGAUUUUUUCAACAAGACCAUGACCCAAGGCACAUACCACAACAAGCAAAUUCUAUGUUCAGUAGACAAAAAGUUUUUUAUUUUGCUUUGGAUUUACAAACUCCAUAUCUCAACCCGACUAAGCAUAUUUAGGAGCAUUUAAGACGAAAUAAUAGUCUUAUUUAUCGAACAAUCUUCUGUGAUGUUGCACAUGAGGUCGCCUUAUUCUAUGCGUUGAAAGAUCAUCUUAUUGACUUCUAAACUUAACGAUUUUUGUUGUUUUCCAUUCAUUCGUAACUAAAACAAUAUGUAAUAGCAAGAAGAACUUAAAUCUUACCUUUUUAAUAAAGUUCGGGAUAGUAUUCAGAAAAGUUUACUAUUUUUUGUCCACUCUUAAUUUUUUGAUUUUAUAUAAUGAGUCACGAUGAAAUAGUUUAUAAAAUCCGUCAUUUGGGUCUGAUAGUAUGUAUAACAACUAUCAAAACAAACUUUGUUUCUUACUAAUCGGACAAUUAAGAACAAAGUUAUGGCAAAAAUAAAAAAGUUUACUAUUUUUUUACAACGGCUGUAUAUCUAACAUUUCAGUCUAUAAGGUUUUAUAUUUUCAUUAUUUCAGCCUAAAAGUGCGAACCGAGCCCUUCUUCGAGAAACGUCGCCAAAUGCUGAAAAUUUCGAUCGAAAACUUUGAACAAGCGCGCAACUCAGACCCGGCCGACGACCUCGUCCACAUGUUCUGCGCUCUCGAGUACGCCGAAGCCAGAAACAUGCAGAAGGCGCGCGAAGUGUGCGAAGAAGCCAUUGACCGAAACCCAUAUAACGUGUCGGCACAAAUGCUACUGGCACUCCUAUUCACCGCCAAACACGACUACAAAAGCGCGAUGCGGUUGGUACUCAAAGCCAUGGCCAAUUUCCCUAGCCAUUAUGGUCUAAUGGUACUGCGACUGAAGCUCGAGAGCAAGUUUGGGCGAGUUGAUAGGGCUUUCAAAACGACCAGAAAUCUACUGAGGUUUUGGCAACGGGUACCUGAGUUUGUAUACGAGGAUGAGUCACAAAAUGGUGCUUUUGCGACGAAUGGGACUGCGGAUACGGGAACUUUGGGCAGAGGAGGAACACAGGAUAGCAAGGUAAGAUCUAAAGUAUUUAUAACUUGUUACCCGCAGGUUGCAGAAUAUCAGCUUUUGUCAUAUUUUGAAGUAAUGACAAAAACUUUCCUUACAGAACAAAAAAUGACAAGAACUUUCUUUACAUUGCAAAAAAUGGCAGGAACUUCCUUUACAAAACAUAAACUGCCAAAAACUUUCUUUACAUUCAAAAACUUUGUUUUACAUUUAAAAAAUUAAUAUAAAAAAAUUUUCAGUCAACAGCCCAACUAACCAAAGACGGUCUAGCACCAGUAGCCCCAUUCUUAGCAGCACCACUUGGCAUUAGCAACCUUCCAGUUCAUAGUAUAAGUGCUAGUGUGAAUGACAUUUCUGAAGCCGCAUCGAAUACGAUCGGCACGAGAAUGUCAGAGUUUGGAGCCGCGACAUCUACAGUAUCCGAAUCAUUGGGAAUGGGUACGAGUUCAAGUUUGGCAUGGUCGGCUACCAACACGUUUAGAUCGAAAGUGAGUUGGUUAAUUUAAAAAAAAAGGGGGGGGGUUGGAGUAAAUUCAUUUUUGAAUUUUAUAUGUGGCCAACUAUGAAUGAGUCAAAAAUUUUUUCAGCUUUAAAUAAAAAUUUGACUUUUAAAAGGCUUAUCCAUAUUUGGACAACACACUAGUAGGCCGGGGUAGAAUACGAAUAUUUUUUAAUGACGGGGGGGGAAUUUCCUUUGAGCUAAAGCUCAUUUUGGAAACGUAAAGUCUUUAAAUUUGAAAAAUUUGUAACAAAGAAUCUUUACAUGAUACGAAGUCAAGGUUAGACUAGUAAAAAGUACAUUUUCAGGCCAAUAUCUGGGUAGAACUAGCUGAACUACUGAUCGAUGCCAAUCGGAUGUCGGAUAUUCAAAUUUGUGUUGAAGAAGCGUGUGCUCAAUUUCCCAACAGCUAUCAGGCUACCUACUUGAAGGUGGGUUUUUAAGUUUUGAAAUUUGACUUUUGUUUUUGAAAUUUUUAAAAUCCAGUUUUUAUUUUUGAAAAUUUGAAAUUUUUUUAAUUUUAAAAUUUUUGUUGAUUUUUAUUUUUAAAGUCCAAAAAAUGAAUUUCAAACUUAAAAACAUCGAUUUUUCUAUCAAAAUUCCCCUUACCCCAACCAACUUUCGCCUCUUCAGGGCCGUGUCUUCCUAAAUCAAGCCGAAAAAGUGGCGGACGAACUAAAGCCCACUCUUCAUUCGGAAGCCAGAGCUUCGUUCUUGGCCUCAGUCACUGUGAACCCAACCCACAUCCCAUCUAUCAUCCAAUUGGCCAACAUUUAUCGAAUCGAAAAUAACCAGAAGAUGGCGGAGAAGAUGCUCCGUGAUGCUGUGAACAUUGACCCUCUACGUGAAGACGUAUGGCAAGCUUUGGGCCGUGUUAUGGCCGAACAACAAUCCUUUGACGAAGCCAAUGAAUGUUUCCAAACAGCGGCUUCAAUCGAUUCCACGGUGCCGUUAAUGCCAUUUGAUGUGAUUCCAAGACUGUUGAAGUCGACUUUUUAA